GUCCCCAAAAAAUUAAAAAAUCGCGUUUUAUGGAUCUUUGAAAAAUUUGACGAACAAAAAUGCAGAGGAGGCAGGAGAGACGUUAAAGAAGGGAAAUAGCAAAUUGUGACAGAGAGAAGGGCUCUUUUUCGAAUUGACGCCGAUAGACGACACCAGAGCUCACAGCCAUGAUUCACUUUGUGCUUCUCAUCAGCCGACAAGGAAAAGUGAGGUUGACAAAGUGGUAUUCACCUUAUGCACAGAAGGAAAGAACAAAGGUAAUCAGGGAACUCAGUGGUUUAAUUCUCCCGCGAGGACCCAAGCUUUGCAACUUUGUGGAGUGGAGGGGUUUUAAAGUUGUUUAUAAAAGAUAUGCCAGCCUGUAUUUCUGCAUGUGCAUUGACCAGGAUGACAAUGGAUUAGAGGUUCUUGAAAUUAUACACCAUUAUGUUGAAAUACUUGACCGCUACUUUGGAAGUGUCUGUGAGCUGGAUUUAAUCUAUAAUUUUCAUAAGGCAUAUUACAUAUUGGACGAACUUUUAAUUGCCGGUGAACUUCAAGAAUCAAGCAAGAAAACAGUUGCUCGUCUAAUAGCAGCGCAGGAUUCGUUAGUUGAAGCUGCUAAAGAAGAGGCCAGUUCAAUCAGCAAUAUAAUCGCGCAGGCCACCAAAUAAGAGUUUAGUAAAAGGUUACGUUUUUUAUGUUGCAUUGUUUGGCAUAGUCCAAUCUGAUACAGCAUGUUUGUGCUAAAAUAAUCUACAAUGAUUGAUUGAUCGACUCAAUUUUUCUCAUGUGUGGUAUUGUGUAAACAAUUUAUCCUUUAUAUUAUGUCACUCUUUGGCAGUAGAAACUGUCUCA